UUCACAUCCCAAAUCCAUGGAACCACAAACCACCAAGAAGAUUCUCAAAAACCCUUCAAAACCCAACAACCCCAAACUCUCAGAGCUAUGGUGGUUCUUCGCCGCAGCCACCUGCCUCAAACUCCUCCUGAUCCCAGCCUACAGAAGCACAGACUUCGAGGUCCACCGCCACUGGCUCGCCAUAACCAACUCCCUCCCUCUCUCUCAAUGGUACUCCGACGAGACCAGCCUCUGGACUCUUGACUACCCUCCCUUCUUUGCCUACUUCGAGCGCCUCCUCUCCCUCUUCGCUAAUCUCAUCGACCCACAAAUUGUCCACCUCCACAACGGCCUCAACUACUCAUCAGACACUGUUGUUUACUUUCAAAGAGUCUCGGUUUGUGUUUCGGAUUUGUGUCUUUUGUUUGGGGUGUAUAGGUUGACGAGGAGGUUGGAUCAUGUGAGAAGGAGAGUGAUGUGGGUUUUGGUUGUUUGGUCGCCGAUGUUGUUGAUUGUGGACCAUUUGCAUUUUCAGUAUAAUGGGUUGUUGCUUGGGGUGUUGUUGGUUUCGGUUUCGUAUUUGGAGGAAGGGAGGGACUUGAUGGGUGGGUUUGUGUUUGCUGUUCUGUUGUGUUUUAAGCAUUUGUUUGCGGUGGCGGCGCCUGUUUAUUUUGUGUAUUUGUUGAGGCAUUAUUGCUGGAAGGGAUUGGUGAAGGGUUUUGGAAGGCUUUUGGUUAUGGGGAGUGUCGUUGUGGCUGUUUUCACAGUGGCGUAUGGUCCGUUUGUGUAUCAUGGGCAGAUGAAACAAGUCAUCCACCGCAUGUUUCCUUUUGGCAGGGGACUUUGUCAUGCAUAUUGGGCACCAAAUUUUUGGGUGUUCUAUAUCUUACUAGAUAAAGUGAUAGCUUUCUUGCUUGGAAGACUUGGAUUUAACAUUCAGGCACCAGCAGCUUCAUUUACCGGCGGACUAGUUGGUGAUUCGUCCCCUUUUGCUGUAUUGCCUCAGAUUACGCCGGCGAUAACCUUUAUCAUGGUUCUGCUUGCAUUAUCUCCUUGUCUCAUCAAGGCAUGGAGAGAUCCAAGACCAGUGAUGAUUACAAGAUGGGUAGCCUAUGCUUACACAUGUGGGUUUCUGUUUGGGUGGCAUGUUCAUGAGAAGGCAUCACUGCAGUUUGUCAUCCCUCUUGCAAUUGUUGCGGUGCAGGAUUUGGAUACUGCAAGGCAUUACUUCUUUUUAUCAAUUGUGUCAUGCUAUUCUUUGUUCCCCCUUCUAUAUGAAUCCCAGGAAUAUCCAAUAAAGGUGCUGUUGCUAUUACUACACUCCAUGCUUAUGUGGUUGGGUUUCUCUGCACAAUUCACCAAGGAUAAAACACUGGAAAUGGCACCAUCCGGAAAGAGGAAAGAUAAUCAUAUCGGAUCAAACAGAUCCACUGCAGCUGCCCAGAAAGGAGGCUUUGUUAUUGGGUGGGAGAUCUGGAGCUAUCUGGUUGGUCUGGUACUUGUUGAGAUUUGGGGCCAGUUUCUGCAUCCUAUGUUUCUCGGUGAUAAGCUUCCUUUUCUACCCCUUAUGCUGAUCUCUGUAUAUUGUUCAUUAGGGGUAACGUACUCUUUCCUUUGGCAAUUAAAACAGAUCCUUGUUUCAUGA